AGUUAGGAAGGGUGAGAACCACUGCUCUAGAGGAAGAACAGGUCUGACGCGAUGCAUUUUCUUCAGGAGUCGGCUGCUAGCUGCAUCACCAACUCUCUGCUAUAUGGGAUUCCCUGUCCUUGUCGCCCCGCCCCCAACUAUAUAGCAAACGGUACUUUACGAGGCUAAGCAAAAUUACAUCAGAUGCAGAACUUCAUGUUCAUAGGAGCAACUGCAAACACCCAGUUUCUUAAAGGCAAACCUGAGUGUCACAGUGCUAAGCAGCUAAAGACUGCCCAGGCUUCAGUCUUGUGGAGAGAGCUAGACUCCACUGCUGAGCUUUGAGAGUCCUGAAUUCUUACUGGGUGGAAGGAGUCACAUACAAAUUCUUUGAGGUUGUCCUCAAUGACCCACUCCAUAAAAUAUCAGAACAAAUCUUGACACCCAUCGGAUCUUGUCAGUCCAAUCCAUUAGCACUGGGAAUGCACGGGCUGCCAUCUGCUGGCCACAAGAGUUGUGGUUUCUGAAAGGGCUUCAACGUUCUGACACCACAGCUGCAGAGAACACAGAACUCUCCAGCUCCGUUACUGGUGAUUUAAAUAAUGUUUGUAAAAUUUAUGCCAGUAAAUGAUUUAGCAUAGUCACACACACACACACACACACACACACCCUCAAACAAAAAAGAAGGGGAAGUUGACAGGUGUCAGGGCGUCCUUAGGGGUGCAGGGCUUGAUCCCAGUACCCAUUUGCUGUAAACCAAGAAAAUGCCUUACCUGUCUUUGAGCCCUUCACAAAGGCAGGGUGAUUAUGGCCUGUGCCCACCUGCCAAAGUCCUGCCUCCUUCCCUUACUCUCUCAAGGCCGCUGAGGUGCACCGUCCAGUCUUCCCCCGCCAUGCCUUCCCCCAUACAGUGGAGUCGGAACCUCAAGAUUCUCAAGCCUACGAGUGUGAAGAGAGCCUCGGCCUCCAGCGACAAGGACCUCCAGGAGAGUCUGUACUGGUCUCCUCCCAGUCAACCUUCUCAGCAUGCUGGGCCAACCGCUGCUUAGAGAAGGCCGGAAUCUGACCCUCCUGGCAUUGGGCCCAGUCUCCAUGGCAGCAGAGGAUUUAUUUCAGGCCUCCACCCAGCCUGGUGGACUUUGGACUCCAAGUCAGAGGAAAGACAACCAAACGCGGCUCCAGGAAGAAGGGGUACCUGAAGAUGGCCAAGUUCCUUUCCCAGGACCAAAUUAAUGAGUACAAAGAAUGCUUCUCCCUGUAUGACAAGCAGCAGAGAGGGAAGAUUAAGGCCACAGAUCUUCUGGUGUCCAUGAGAUGCCUGGGGGCCAGCCCCACGCCUGGGGAAGUACAGCGGCACCUGCAGACUCAUGGGAUAGACAAGCAUGGAGAGCUGGAUUUCUCCACCUUCUUGACCAUUAUGCACACGCAAAUCAAACAAGAGGACCCAAAGAAAGAAAUCCUUCUUGCCAUGCUGAUGGCUGACAAGGAGAAGAAAGGUUACAUCAUGGCAUCUGAAUUGCGAUCAAAACUUAUGAAACUGGGAGAGAAGCUCACUCGCAAAGAAGUGGAUGAUCUUUUCAAGGAAGCGGGCAUCGAACCUAACGGCCAAGUGAAAUAUGACACAUUUAUCCAGCGGAUGACCCUUCCUAUGCAAGACUACUGAGAGAGCUGAGGGCCAGGGAGAAGAGGAUGAGCUCCGGGGCCUGAAAACCUAGAAUGAUUUAUUUUUUAAAAGGGAAAUCUAGAGAUGGCAAACAUGGCAAUAAGACCAUGUUGCAGAGGAUUAGUACCAAUAAAUGAUGCAGCCAUGGUA